AUGGAAGCAGCAAAUGAGGAAAGGCCACUGAUUCAUUACCUAUCUCCAGAGGAUGAUGCUUCACAAUAUACUAGCGACGGAACGCUUGAUAUUAACGACCAGCCUGCUCUGAAGCAACGCACCGGGAACUGGAGAGCAUGCUUCAUGAUUUUAGGUACCGAGUUCACGGAAUCCCUGGCAUUUUUCGCUAUCGCAAAGAACCUAAUCACCUAUCUCAUGAGUGAGCUCCACGAGCGCAAUGUGGAUGCCGCCAGGGAUGUCUCUACCUGGAUCGGCAGUUGCUUCCUCACACCGGUUAUCGGAGCCUUCUUGGCCGACACAUAUUGGGGAACAUACAAGACGAUAGUAGUGUUCCUCUUGGUCUACACCGUUGGGAUGCUCACUCUGACGGUUUCUGCAUGCCUCCCCUUCGCCAUGAUGGAUUCGCCACACAACGGCGUAAUUCAUCGUGCCACAGCAUACCUGGGGCUCUACCUUGUUGCCCUAGGCACUGGAGGCAUUAAGCCCUGCACAUCAUCCCUUGGGGCCGAGCAAUUUGACGGCACCGACAUGACGGAGCGGGUGACCAAGGCUUCCUUCUUUAACUGGUACUACUUCUCCAUCAACAUCGGCUCACUGCUGUCAGGGACCGUGAUCGUUUUGAUGCAAGAAAACAUUGGGUGGGGAGUCGGAUUUGCCAUGCCGAUGGUGUUCAUGGUGCUUGGCCUAGCGGUGUUUGUCGCCGGUCGGAAGGUGUAUAGGUACAAGAAACUGAGUGGGAGUCCUUUGACAAGGGUAGCCCAGGUGGUGGUUGCAGCUGUGAGGAACUGCCAUCUCGAGUUGCCUGAGCAUACGUCAGCGUUGCACCAUGAUACGCCUUCUGCAAUCGAGCCAAAUUUCAAGACUGAGGCUGCGAGACAGUUCAGAUUCUUUGACAAGGCUGCCAUAAUAUUGCCCUGGACUGGCGAGAAGGGUACAGCAGCACCGACGAGCCCAUGGAGAGUCUGCACGGUGUCCCAGGUGGAGGAGCUGAAGAUGCUGCUCCGGAUGUUGCCGGUCUGGGCAACCAUGGUGCUCUUCUUCGCCAUCACUUCGCAGAUGUCAUCGACAUUCAUUGAGCAGGGCGCGGCCAUGGACAACCGCGUCGGCCCAUUCACCUUUCCUCCGGCGUCCCUGGCAACCUUCGAGGUAAUCAGCGUCAUGGUCUGCAUCCCCGUCUACGACGCCGUGCUGGUGCCGCUGGCCCGGCGUGCCACUGGCAACGACCGCGGCCUGUCACAGCUGCAGCGGCUCGGUAUCGGCCUCGCACUGUCCGUGUUCGCCAUGGUGUACGCGGCGCUGCUCGAGGCGAGGCGACUGGUCCUCGCGCAGGACAACAUGCCGGCAAUGAACAUCAUGUGGCAGGCACCGGUGUUCGCCGUGCUCGGCGCGGCGGAAGUGUUCGCCACCAUCGGCAUCCUCGAGUUCUUCUACGACCAGUCGCCGGACGGGAUGAAGAGCCUUGGCAACGCGUUCGCGCAGCUUUCCAUGGCGGCCGGGAGCUACCUUAACUCGGCUGUGCUCGGCGCUGUCACGGCGACCACGGCGCGCGGCGGGGAGCCCGGGUGGAUCCCGGACGACUUGAACGAGGGUCAUCUGGACUAUUUCUUCUGGAUGAUGGCUGCUCUGGGCACGGUGAACCUGUUGCACUUCUUGCACUGCUCCAUCCGAUACAGAGGCAACAACAACAGCACAGCUUCUUGUGACUUCAGCACGCACGGGACAACUAAAUGCCUGGAAGCCCAACCGAGUAGAAUAGAGUAA